GCCAGGCUUUGUUGCAGCAGCAGCUUGGGUGGCUCUUUCCCAACAAGGCCAUCAAGAGCGCGCAAGUGCUGGCUGUCGAGGCGGGCAAGAAGCUCUCGAGGGCAAGGGAGGACGGCGAGCGCAAGGAUCAAGUAGCAGCAGCAGAUGCAGUCUGUGCCACGAUCAAGCAGCAGAAGUACAUCCAGGAAUUGGAGGUCGAGGUCAAGCAGGCUGUCGCCAAAGCCAAGGAGGUCAAGGAACGCGAGGAGCUCGCCAACCAGCUGAAGGCCGACGAACACGCUAUGGAAGCCGAGCCCGAAGCCCAAGAAGACGCUGUUGCAGCAGCCUUGGCAAUCAGGCACGGCUACUUGGCGCAGGUGGUGGUCGACCAGCUGGACGGCGUCGAUCUGGGGAAAGCAGCAGGGCCUCUCCAAGAUCUUCUUCGGUCUCUGGCAGCGGACAACGCUACCCCGCCCGAGGCAGCCAAGCGCGCGGCCCAAGCCGCCCCAUCUCCUGUGGCAGCAGGAGACAAAGGCGGCAAGGGCAGCGGCAAGGGCAAGGGCGGCAUCGACUACGACCCCUACGCCGGCGUGGAGCUGGAAGACAUCACGCAGUUCCAGUUCACCACGGACGCGUUGGAAGCUGCUCUGGCUGAGUUUAGCGACGGCGACGGCAAGAAGCGCGAGGUGCUCGAGCUUUUCGCCGCUACGCUGGGCAAGAAGGCGGAGAAGAAGAGGAAGUACCUCAAGCUGGUCGUGUUCCCGAAGGCGUUCCCUCGGCAUCGACCGAUCGGUUGCAGCAGCAAAGACCACGAGCCAGACUGGACCAAGGCAGCCGAGCGAGUUCAUCAGACGGUGGCCCAGCCAGGUGCGAGACUUUCCAGUUCCAGGGUCUCGCUGGCCUCGUGUGUCUGCAGCGGCUACCUGGCUGCCUGGCUGUUCAGGGUGGCGAACGAACUGCUGGCGACGCCCGUGCUGGAGCAGCUUUUCGCCCGUCGCCAGGCACUACGCGGUGUGCGCAGGCUGUUGCCCAAGGCGCCAAGUUCGUCCAGGGUAAGCCCCCCUGGCCGCGAGGCCCCGCCGUGCUCGCGCCCCGGGGCUUCUCCUGUGGCGAGCCCGUGGUGGCACCCGCUCAACAGCUUGCGCUCGUGCGCUGCGGACGUGGCUACGCUUGCAACUCUGGGAUCUGGCGCCAAGCGGGCGGCCGCAGAGAUCGCGGACUUCGACGCGGCCGGGCGUGGCAAGAAGUUCGAGGACUGGGUCGAGAAGCAGUCGUUGGGUGGAGGUGGAGGCCUCCACGCUCUCACUGAAGUCCCCGCUGGCUUCGACCCCCGCCCUGCGGGGGCUGGCGCGGGCGACCAGCCCCACGCGUCGACGGACCUGGCGGGCGAGGCCAGCGCGCUCGAGAUGGAGUUGAGCCGUUGGCGGCGUUGCGGUUUGCUUCGGGAAAAGAUCCGAUGGCCGAAAGAUCUUGGUGAACGACCGCCGAAGCCCACCCUCGACGAGUUGAAGAGAGCGCUCGUGACCUUUCCUGUGCAGACGGGCACGUCCUUCGACGCAAUCAGCCCGAG